CUUACGGACAUGAACUGCGACAGGGCAAAUUUGACUUGCUUUGCGAACGAAGCGAAACACUGUGACACUGUGAAGUCCAGGUGAUGAAUUUUAUAAAAUUUUAGAACAUUUAUCAAAUACUGCUGACGUUUGAAGUAAGAUAUUUUUGGGGGUUUUUUGAGGCUUCUUUCAAACCCCAGGCAAACACGAUUCGAAAUGCGAAAGGGGUGUACUAAUGGAGCAACUCGCUGUGCAGCUGCGCUAACACCGGCUAAUAUAUUUUUAAUGUGUUUUGGGGCUAGGGUUUUAGAUGCGCCAUCAACGACGUACAGUAUUGCAUGGAGGUUCACUAGGAGAAGUGUGACUGAUUAAUCAUUUUGUUUGUGGUAGUAGUGAGAGCCUAGUACAGAAUGCGCUCGAUGCUUUAUGUGAUACUACUUCUUCAAACAUGUCCAUCCACUGUUGCCGUCGUCCAUCUUGAUUGCAUGAAGAGCUCAUGUACCAUCACGGACUGGAAUCCCCAGCUGGACGGCCCCUUAGCGGUGGAUCAGGCUAUGGAUGAUGCGAUGUACUUGAUUUUUCAAAAUUUGACUCAAUCCACUAUAAUCUUUAACCGGAUAGACCAAUUAAACGAGAGACGCGAGUUCAACAUAUACAUUGAAAAAUCGCCCGCCGUACAGAGUGUGACUGUUUCUUCGCGCGCCAGAAUCGCUAGCCUGUAUCUAACCGAAACGAAUCUUCGGCAGGUAGAAAUUGAAAAGCUUAAUACCAACCUAAGGUACUUCACGAUAGCCGAGAACCGAGAGCUUCAAGCCAUUCCGGAUAGUGUAGCACACUUGUCUAUGGUGAAGGUUCUCGACAUAAUUAAAUCGCGCAUAACGUCCGUCAACUACACGCUGUUCUGCAAACUGCAACGUCUGGAACAUCUUAACCUUUGCCAGAACGAGAUAGUGUCGUUGGAAGAGUACGAUAUGGAGAGUGAUGAUUUCCCGUGCCUAAAAUACAUGGAUCUAUCCAACAACCUUCUGCAGACAGUGAGCAUGCACUACUUCAGCAGCAUGCCGGUUCUCGAGACGUUGGAUCUUUCGCGCAACGUUCUCACCUCCCUGGAAGGUUCUUGCCGGUCGGCUAGCUUAAGAAACCUUAAUCUAUCACACAACCGUAUCGCUAGCUUUAGCUGCUGCGAUUGGAACCUACCCAGAUUGGCCCAUUUCAAUGUCGUCAGCAACACUUUGGAGCGAUUGCCAUCGUGCAUGGAGCAGGCGAUGCCUAGCGUAAGUUUCCUGGAGCUUUCAGGGAAUGUGCUAUCGGACGGUGAGCACUUCUGGGAGCGGUUAGCCGAGCUGAAGCAAUUGCAAAUGUUGGACGCCAGUCACAAUCGUCUGACGAGCCUGGUGUGGUCCAGUACGGUUCUUAGCUUGCGAUACGUAAUCGUACGAAACAAUCGCAUCAAGGAGCUAAGCGUACCGUUUGCCAGGGAAGGUUUCAACAUCGACGCGGACUGUAAUUUGAUUGAGCGGCGCGAUGCGAUUAGUGUGUCGCGGAACGUUACCUACCUGCAGAUGCAGUGCAAUCCGAUCGAUUGCAGCUGGAACAGGGAGUUGGUGAGAAGAGAGGAGGUGCACUGUGUAGAGAACCUGGUACCGUGCAAUAACUGUCUUUGAAGGAGAGCUUUCCGGGGUGCAACAACAACAAAAAAGUGAGGUUAGAAUUGUUGGAGGUUAGGAAUAAGGGAAGCAAAAUUACAUACCCGUCGGACGUUUUGUCCUGGAUUCUAAAAAUACUUACCCAGAAACACCUAUUAAUAGCCGUACUCAAUUGGAAGAUCUUUUUCCUGCUUUCCGCCACUCUGGUACUCCCCUGGAGGAUAAAGCGCAACCACAACAAAAAAAUCAAAAUAAAAAAGCAGUCGCAUUUGUUGUUCCGAGAAUUUCUACCAAACAGUUCACCGAACCAUUA